GUGAUUGGUGGACACGGGCCAGCUCUUUAAUCCGACUGAUCAACGGCUAAGCUGCAACGCCCACCUUCCUCCCCGCGAUUGGUCCGAAAGCACGUCAAUCAGAGAGCGAGCCCGCCGCGAUAGGCCGGCACGCCUGCCCAUCAGCAGCGUCGGCGGCCGUCCGUCGAGAUGAUGGUCGGAGGACAGAGAAAAAAAAUGGAGAGGAGUCCGAGCGGAGAGUUGGCUCGUUGACGGGCGCGGCGGCUGGUUUGUGACGGGGCUCGGUGGAUGCGCGGCGGCGCCGGCUCCUCCUCCUCCUCCCUCCGGGCUGCCUGAGGGGGAGAGGCCAUGGCCGAGUUCGUGCUGCCGCGGCACAGCGCCGUGGUGGAGCGGCUGCGCAAGCGGAUCGAGCUGUGCCGCCGCCACCACUCGGCCUGCGAGUCGCGCUACGAGCGGGCCUCGGCCGAGCGCCUGGAGCUGGAGCGGCAGCACAGCCUGGCGCUGCACCAGCGCUGCCUGCAGACCAAGAGCAAGCGGGCGGCCAAGCAGCGGCCGCCGGCCUCGGCCCCGGCUCCCGCCCCGGCCCCGGCCCCGGCUCCGGCCCCGGCUCCGGCCCCGCCGCAGCCCGCCUUCAGCAGCAGCAGCAGCACCUCCUCCGGCGCCGACACUCCCCACCAGCCCGGAGCUGCGGCCGCCGACCAGAGCCGGACCAGCACCCUGCAGGCGCUUCAUGAGCGGGUGAAAAGAAAAUUAAAGGCUGAUGGUUCACCUUUGAAUGGAGAUCAGCAGAAUGGAUUUAUAGAUGGGAACUAUUCGGGGACCAAGAAGCUCCGACUGAAUGGGGAAGAUGCAUCAGGACUACUAGUGGUUAACGGAUCAUCUAAUGGUAUACCACCAAUGUCUCCACGCCACCAAAGGGACAAAAGAUCUGCCCUUGGGGAUGGGGCCCAAGGCAAUAGUAAUCAUCCUCUAGGCUUGGACAACUUGAAGAAGGAAUGUCUUCCAGAUUCCAAUGUACAGAUGAAUGGGAACUGUGACAGUGUUGAUGGUUUCACUCUUAUUAAAGAGCUUAAGCAAGAACCUGCACUGGAUUUGGCUUGUGUGAACCCAUCAGGCACCUCUCUCUCCCAGAACAACAUGUUCCCAGAUAUUAAUUUGAAUGAACAAGAAUGGCAGGAAUUGUUUGAUGAAUUGAAUCGUUCUGUGCCAGAUCAAGAUAUACAGGAUCUUUUCAAUGAGGAUUUUGAAGAGAAGAAAGACAUUGAACCUACUAGUUCUGAUCAAACCUCUUUAUCAGACAACAUCAUUAUAAAAACUGAGUUUUCUCCUUCCUCAUUUGAGCACGAACAAACGGAAUCUCCACAAGCUAGACCUUCUCCAUCAGGACCUUCAUUUUCAAGUGUGUCUUUGGCAUCUGUAAAUACUGCCCCGUCAGUGUCCCAGGCAGUGCCACAAGCUACAGGCCCUACUCCAGUUUGCACAAGGCCUGUAUCUAGUGUUCUCCUGCCUGGGAACCCAGGGCUGUCUGUGGAGCGGUCUCACGCACAGCAGCUUCAGCAGAUGGCUGCUAACCAGAAGCAGAGAGCACAGCUCAUGCAAAAGCAGCAGGUGCAACACUCCUCACCCAAUCAGGUACAGAACUGGUCAGCAGCACCCACUCAAAGUCCUCUAGGGGGGACCUUCAACCUUGAUAAGCCCAGCAGCCCUUCAUUAUACCAACAAGACUUUAAUCAGAAACUUUCAAUGGCCAGCAUGCCACCAAAGAACUCCACAAAAACUGGUGGUAACUACCUGCAGCCAAAUCGUGUGGGAAUGCUGAACCAGCCACCUAACACUUUGGGUCAAAACUCCACAAGCAGCCAGGCUCCGUUACUGAACUACGCUAACACUAAACGGUUGACUCAUUUUGAAAUGCCUGAUGGUCAGAGGGCUGUGGCACCGAACCAGAACAAAACUGCAAUGUUCGCAUAUAUGCAGCAGCAGCUUUCCCACCUCGGCGACGAGCAGAAGCGAAUGCUGGUGAUGAAACAGAAGGAGCUUCCUCAGGGUGGCAUGACAUACAGACCCCAUCUGCAGCACAGUCAGGAUCAAAAUCCUGGAAAUGUCACCAGGGCGCAAAACACUGUCCAGGGAUCGGGUGCAGGAACUCAGCCUCCCCCAGUUUCCAUUGCUGGCAACCAUGGAAAUGCUGGUUAUCUUAAUGGUCAACAGCAGGCUGUGGCCAUGAAACAGCAGCAGAUGCUGUUGGAUCAGCAGAAGCAACGAGAGCAGCACCUGCAGCUGAUGGAGCAACAGAAGCAGCAGUACCUGCAGAGACAGCAGCAACUGCUGGCAGAGAGGGAGAAGCAGAGAAAACAUCAGGAACAACAGUUACAGAGGCAUCUCACCAGACCUCCACCUCAAUACCAAGAUCAGCAGCAAAAUCCUUACCAUGUGGAGCAGGUCAGCCAGUUUCAGGGUUCCCCGCAAGUUCUUCCAGCGGUUGGAAAUCUGGCCACAGCAAAUACAAGCAGCUCUCGGCUGUUCCCUCAGAAUCAAAACAUGAUCCAAAUUGCACCAAGCCAGAGUUCGGUCUCCUCCAGUAGCUCUGCUGCUGGCCAAUCAGAGCUGGGAGUGACUCAGUACAGUAAUAUGCACAACGUCCAACAGGGAAUGUACAACGUAGGGUCAAAUCUGAACCAAAUGCUUUCACAUUCUGCACAGGACACGAUUACAAAUGGGCAGCAUGCAAAUUCAUUGCAGAGACAACCUAGUAGGACUCGAGGCACUCCUAUACUAACGGGGUACAGUCAGAAUCACCUCAACAACUCAAACCUUGCACAACAGCAGCAUAACAAAGGGCCUGUGAGCCAGGCUGUAUCAAAGACCCCCUUGCAGAGGUUACCAGGCGCUGUGGCAACCCAGAAUUCAUCGUGGCAGCAUCAAGCUUUGCCAAACGUGAAUAACCAAAACCAAGCAAACAGUAACCUCGUAGCAUUCAGCAGUACCUCAACUUUCCACGUAAGGCCAUCUCACCCCAAAAUAUCCAGCCAACAGUUUGUGCAGGGAAUGCCACAAGCAAGCCUCACACCAGCCAGGCCAAUGGGAACCAUCAACUCUACUGUUGGUGGGCAAAUGAUGCCUACAUUAGGUGGACCUCUGUCACAGACAAACCCACCCUCCCAGACCGUUUCAGACAUGGCGAACUUCGGUUCUGGCCAACAAAUGGCUGCAAGGAGCAACCUCCACUGCAAUCAACCUUACCAGGUAAGAAGCUCCAAUCAGGAACUACCUUUUAACUACGGUAACCAGUCUGGAGGUGGCACACUUCAGGGAUUACCUGGCGACACAGAUCUGAUGGACUCUUUGCUGAAAAACAGGACUACAGAGGAAUGGAUAAUCGAUCUGGAUGAGUUUCUGGGAUCUCACCAUUGAAGGGCAGCUGUUGCCAUUUUAUGAAAUCAGUGGGAAAAGUGUAAUUAUGGAUUUUUUUUUAUAUACCAGUUUGGGACCAAAAAUAACUAUCAAAUCUGUGUGGCACAUGGCAGGUGAAAAUGUGUGGUUGGGAAGAGUUUAUGGCCAAUUUUAAUAAUUGCCAUCUUACUGGCAAAUCACAAGUUACAGUAGUUUGCUAUUUAAAAAAUGUAUAAAAUCUAGGUUAUUUAACACCAAGUUCCUUUGAUCCAUUGCUGGUCAAGGAGUCAGUACCAGAUCACUUCAGUCUUUCCCUCGUCCGUCAGCUCACAACACUGAUCAAGUCAUGAAAGGGGAGAAUGUUGCAAAUCGUAGUUGGAUAGUCAGUAUUUAUUGAAAGUAGCCGACUGGUUUGAACACAAUGAAGAAUAUACAUUUAAAACUAGCUUAAUCCUGGUCAGUAGUUCAUUUUAGACAUGCUAUUUCUACCACAGGUUUUAUUUUUCUUGUCAGAGCAUAGUCAGUACUUUAUUCUUCUUUUAUCACCUUUUACUCUGGCGUGCACCACCCUCGUAUUCCAGCUACAUGUUACAAGACCAAAAAUGGUAUUCUGUAAAGUCAUUAGUUGUCACAUUUUGAAGGGCUGGACCUCUUCACAUCUUGCUAAUCAUCCUGGUCUUUGAAUUUUGCUGUUUUUGUUUGCCUGGUCUUGUCUUUGUUUUAAAUUGCUGUUACUUCCUACUAUUACUUUUUGCUUCCUGUAAAGUAGUAAUAUAUUGCCUAGCUGUUUAUUUUGAGGGGAGCAGGUUUUUCCUUUUGCACAACUUAGUUCCUUGUACUUUGCAGUCACAUUCGUGGAUUCUUAGAAAUUUUAUGAUACAGGGAGGCUGUUCAGCACAUCAUGCCAGUCCUGGUUGAGGGAAAGUUACCCAGCCAUAUCCCAACUUCCAGCAGCAGAGGUGUAACACCUGCAGACCUCCCCUCUUCAAGUACACGCCCAAUAUUAUCUUAAAUGUGAUGAGGAUUUCUGCCUCUACCACCCCCUUUAGGAUUCCAAACCCCAACUAGGGAAAAUUUCACUCUCUUCUAAUCCUGCCAAUUAAAUUGUUUUUGACCCCUCUCUACCAGGGGAAUGGGGGGCCUUUUUACUCUUUUGAAAGCCCCUCAAUUUCAUACACAAUCACAUACUUUAAAACAGAAAUGAAAGGAGAUAUGGCCUUAGCUUAUCCAGACUUUCUUGACCGUUAAAAAUUUCCUCUACACGGCCUAAUAUCCUCUCUUGUGUAUACCCCCUAUUGUAUAGCUCCUUGCUCUGUUGCAGCUUCCCAGAUACAUUACCCUGUGUCUCUAGAUUAACUUCCAUUUUCUUGCCCAGUGGACCAGACCAUUUCUAUCUUCCUGCACUCUAAAGCCACCUUUCUCACUAUCACCCCACUUGGGCAAUUUUUGUGCCAUCUGCAGAUUUCUUUAACACACUCCCUCUAUUGUGGUCAGAUUAUUUUUUUUACUAAAAGCAAGGACUGUUCACUGAGCUCUACUGGUGUCAGCAUUCCAGUCACAAAAACGUCUGUCAACCAUUGCCCUAUACUUCCUGACAUUGAGUGAAUUUUUGGAAGGAAGGAAGGUGCUUUUCAUCUGUUGACGAAAUUAAAAAUGAAUUCUUGAUGUGGGUGUUGUUGGCAAGGGUGGCAUUUAUUGGCCAUCACUGUUUUCCCCUCGAGGGUCUUGCCGGGUUUUGAAAAGGCAUUUAAAAGUUGCCACGUGACCCUGGGCCAGCUGAGGUUGCAAGAUUUCUUUCCUGUAUUAACAACAAUCAUGCUUCAAAACAAAAACCACUCUGGGACGUCCUGAGGUUGUAAAAGCUGCUAUGUAAAUGCAAGCAUAUAUUUUUUUUCCUAAAGGGCAAUUAUGACAAUCUGAAAGCUUUGUUGCUUUUUUUUUUAACCAGAUUUUAAAUUCAUCUCUAAUCCCCUUUACUGAAGGAAACUUCAUUCUCCCCCUCGCUGAAUUUUGAACAGAUGUCUUCUGGAUUAUAAACCCAGUAAGGUGGAACCACUGCACUACCAUAGCCCAUAUUAAAUAAUUGGUGCCCACCAGCAGAAAGGCUGGUGGCAUAAUCGCAUGCAAAACUAGUGUCCACUUCUGUAUUGAGCAAUGUGUUGCACUUUACUACUUUGUCUUGUUUCUCCUCCACCCGUGGGAGGAAGGUGAGGAGAGAGCAGCUUGUCAAGUAGUCUGUAUUUAUGGGAUUCGGGUCCUCUUGUCCUUUAAAUUCAUUGAAACAUUUCAGAAUCAGACUUGGCUCAAACUUUAUUUUUUCCCCAACUUGCAACUACUUAUAAUUGCACUAUGCAUCCAGCCCUUAUUUCAAGGUUGUUUUCUUUUUGUCAGGGCAGGACUGAUGAGUUUCAUACCAUAGUCCACAUCAGGCCUCGCCUUUGUCCAGUGUGCUAUCCCUCCUGAUGGAGGUGUGCAUCAUCACAUCGAUGCAAAGUUAUAUCCAACAUUUAAGGGGACAGAAUUUGUCCUUUACACUUACCUGUUGCUGACCAUGGAUUAUCCAGGUAUAACAGCCAGAUAAAGAAUGCAAGUCAGUCAUUCGUUAUCCCAACCAUCCAUUUCCCUGAUUCAUGGUUGAAAUGUUCUAUGGCAAAUACACUGCCCUCCAAUCAUGGUGCUUGCAGUAUCUUAAUGUUUGAGUUAGUUAAAUUGUGUGUAUAUAAAUGUUUACAUUUUUUAUAAAAUUGAUAAAAGUAUUUAGGUCUUUGUCUGUAAUAUAUUUUUACAUUUUAGAGUUUUUUAAAAAAAAAGCAUUUCUUGCUAUGAUUUUUGUAAGUCUUGAUUCUGCACUUGAUUAUAUUGACUUGCUCUGCCUAACCACUUUGUAUUGGGCUAUAAUGUCAGAUUUUAAAACCACACCAUAAACUUUUUUAAAAAAAAACAAUGUAGUUUCUGGCAAAAAAAACAAUGGCUAAACCUUGUUUGAAAGUCACUCCUAACCCCACCCUCCCCCAAAGACUUCUGCAUUUUAAAAUUAAUUUGAGAUGUGUCCGAGUAUUGUUGCUUAAGGAAUACUGUAGUAUAGUUAAGGUUAUCAAACUGUUCGGGCGAAAUGGCAUUUAUUUAUUCCUAAGAAACGUGUAUUUUGUUUGGAGUGAUCCUUUGCUACCAAUCCACAUGUCUUCCAGAAAUUGAUCCAGUUACUGUGUCAGUCUGUCAUCCAGUCAGACACCUUCCUCCCCAGUAACUAACUUAAUUUCUCCAGUUUUAAUCCUGCUGUGCCACAGAGUGUAAACUUGUGAUCAGAGCGCUUUGAGUAUUUUGUAUUCAAAGCCAUUUCUUUUAACAGUAUCACCAUAUUUAAGCGGAGGAUUAUAUUGCUUUUUCUUUUACCUUUUUAUAAAUGUAAUUCAGGUAAAAUCUGUAUGUGUAGUUUAAACACAGCUGUAUAACUUUGAGUGUACAGGCUGUAUAUGGUGCCUGUUUCUUUUGUCCCAUAUAUAUAUAUUUUUAAAUGUUUUUAAUGUUAAAUUAUUUAAAAUUGUGACAAAGGAGGUGGCAUAAAUGUUUUUUUGAGUUUAACAACGUAAUUCAGAAUGAGGGUGUCGUUAUAUAGCAUUUGGCAUCACGUGGAGUUUAAUGUAGAUUCUGAUAUCCCACAUCAGCUGCCUAGAAUUCACUUGAAUUUGUGGCUGACUAUGCAGUUAUCUAUUCGCACACUGCAUUUGCUGUCUGUUUCUUUUCCUCCCUGCUGGCUCCUGGGCAACAGUGAAUUACUUACUAAAAAUGCAUUAUAAUUACUGAAAAUUAAUUGUUGUUUGCUGAUGUUUAAGCCACUAAAUUAGAAAAUUGGAACCUAGAGAGGUUAAUGCAGAGUCUGGUGUUGGUGCCUAAAUAGAAUUUUUAACUGCCUGGAUAUUGUUUGCAUCUGGAUUCCUUCACAUGAAUUUCUGUUCAAUGUUGUUCAGACUUUUCUCCUCAUUUUUGUACAAAGUGAGCCUGUUUACUAAUAUAGAUUUAUCAUACACUGUUUAAUUUUUUUUAGAAGGGGAACUGUGUCUUUAAAAUUCUCCAGGGCCGUCCUGUACAACAGUAACUUUUAAUAAAGCUUAGAAUAAUCUAUGUAGAGGAGUUCCACUCUCCAAUAGUUCAGUUUAAAACCACCCACAGUUCAUCCGGCCCUCCAUCUGCUGCCUGUACAGUCUCCAACAUGCUGUAUUCUAGCUCUUUCACCUCUGAUGGUAGUGAGGAGAUGUUAUGAAACAGCUGGUUAUCCCAUCUGCCCAUCCUUGGAAGGGAAGGACCAAUUAAAAUACAAGUGUUAGCCCUCCACUUGGUUAGUCUGUAUGAUUUGAAAUCGCUGAGUAAGGCCAUGAACUUAGAUACCAAUUUUAACUAAUCCUGUCUGUCUGCACAUGGUCCAUAUCCCUCUAUCCCCCUGCCUGUUCAUGUGUCUAAAUGCCUCUUAAACAUUUACUAUUGUAUCUGCCUCCACCACCACCCUUAGCAGCACCUUCCAGGUACCUACCACUCUUGUGAUUUAUUUUUUUUAAAAGAUACUUGCCCCUCACAUCCUCUUUAAACCUACCCCCUCUCACCAUAAAUGCAUGCCCUCUAGUAUUUGACAUUUCCAAAAAUGGUGUUUAAAUAAAGACUCUGUCUACCCUGUCUAUGCCUCUCGUACUUCUGCCGGGUCUCCCUCAGCCUUUGCUCCAACGAAGAAAACCCAAGUUUGUCCAACCUCUCCUUAUAGCUAAUUCUCCCUAAUCCAGGCAGUUUCCUGGUGAACCUCUUCUGCACCCUCUCCAAAGCCUCCACAUAUAGUGACUAGAAAGAACUGAGUGAAGCAACAUGGUGGUAGUCAGCAUUGUUAGCAGCGACGUUCUAUGGAUUGUUUGCGGUGUAGAUUUCAGAGUUAACUGAUUUGUUCUCUUGAAAUGUUGGAUAUUUUAUAUUGUUCCCUGUAGGUAAGAACUUCCUGCACAGACUGUAGCCACCUCAAUUUCUGUCUCUGGGUCAUUGAGGAUGAUACUGCUUAGCCGUGCUGUACAUGAUAGUGUGUGGGUGAUGGUGUUGGGUGGGUGGGUAGGUUUGAUUCCACACUCUGGAAGUGGGGCCGACCACAACGCAACGGAGUCCAGCUGGAGUCUGAACUCCCCUGACUGUGCUGUUAGUGUCACAGGAUCCUGCUGGCCUGAGCCCUCAUCCACACUUGUCUCCCUUCAUUCUUCCCCCACCCCCUCCGGCACCACCACCAAUUGUUAGAAUUAUCCUAAACUGGAUUUGGCCAUGGUGGGUUUUUUUUCUAUCUUAAACUACAUAACUAUCUGUAAAUAUAACUCCAAAUCUUGGGAAUCAUGUGUGAAUAAAGACUUCUUCAUGAUCUUUUUAUAAGUGCAUCAUGUUGUGAUUUGUUAGCAUCUGGAACCUAAGUGAUGGAUUUUUAAACAUGUAAGUCUAGGUUUAAAAAAAAAUAAACAGGCAUUUUGUUCUUGGGAAGGUCAUAAUUUUAUAGAAUUGUCUUCUGGAGUUUCUGAAGAAGAGAACCUCAGUUUAUUUUCCCUAAUGUGUACUCAACCCCUUGGUUGUGCUCUCGUCCAUGACCUUGCACCUUCUCUGGUGCCUCAGCAUCCUGUAUAUAAAACAAAUACGAACACCAGGAUCCCCUGCAGUUGUCUGACUAAAUAAUUCAUGUUUAAUUACUUCACCCCUACAACCUUAACCUCGAUAUUUUCAGUGAUUUGUGUAGCUGUGGCUCCCCACCAACCCCAAUCCCUUGAUUCUCUGCCCUGUCUAGACAUUUGCCUUCUGACAUGGGCUUCUUGUCCUUCAGAGCCUAGUGUACCACUUCAGCAAAUGUACCUUGCACUUAAUGAUCCCUGGGUGAUGUAGAUCUUUUUGUCUUCAUUUCUCCAGAAGACAUUGAUUCAUGCUCUGCUUUGGAUUCAUACAUGGUAAGGACUUGUCCAAGUAAAUGAAUAGUAUAAAUUGAACUAUAGUAGGGAUGCUGUACAACCCUUGGAACAAGUAUAACCUCAAAUAAGGAAGGUUUAAUUGUAUGCAGUUCUCCACAUAUUGCCUCACCAAAGCUGUGUACAGUUACCUCACUCCAACCCCCCUUAUAAUAAAGUGCAAGUAGCUGUGCACAUUUGGUGGAAUAAGAAUUAACAGCAGCAGUUCAAUUAUCUAAUUCACUACGGCCCUUCUAGGAAGGAGCUCUUGCUUUUUUUUAAGCUCAUCUGGCUAUGUGGUUUUAGAUCCACCAGUGUCGAUUCUUGGGUGCUUUCUCAAAUGGGGGAAGUGAGUCGCUCUGUCCAGGGGACAGUAAAUGCUGGUGGCACUUCUAAAUGUGCCUCAAGAAUUAAAGAUCGGUUAACCCCUCGCAUAAGGCAGGAAAUCUGAUGAAGAUAUCUCCACACUUAACAGUAGUGUCAAAGCCACCUCAGCUGCUGCUGGUUUCACUCUGUUUGUGAGAUAGACCCAGCACAUUAUAGAACUAUCAGGCCAUCCUGUGUGACUGUUCUUUGAAAGAUCUACCCAAGUCAGACCUACAUGCCGGUUUUGAAAUGACAUUAACAAAUGAGGUUGCUGUUAAAUUUAUUUAGAAAAUACAUGCAUGCAAACUAGCCAAUGUCUCUGUAACUGGUGAUCAGAGGUGCAUUGUUUUCAAAGCUGCAAGCAAAUCUGUUUUAUUUUUUGAA